ACAGAGGUUUUAUUUCUUGGUGUUGCCGUUCAAGCCCUAGUACUACCGCCACACAAUCUCUCCAAAAACAUUCCCAAGAAUCUCAAAACCCCUUUAUAAUCUCUUGAAGACUGAAUUUCAAGUUACUGAAUUUGGAUCGUUCUUUCAAGUAAUUGUUUCGUUGUUUUCUGUGAUCCUCUGGAAAGCAUUUGGUCAGCAUGGACGCCCAGAGAGCUCUUCUGGAUGAACUCAUGGGUUCAGCGCGUAAUUUGACGGAGGAAGAAAGAAGAGGAUACAAGGAAGUUAUGUGGGAUGAUAAAGAGGUCUGUGGGUUCUAUAUGGUCCGGUUCUGCCCGCAUGAUCUUUUCGUAAAUACUCGGAGCGACCUUGGUCCUUGUCCUAGAAUACAUGACCAGAAAUUGAAAGAAAGCUUUGAAAAGUCACCAAGGCAUGAUGCUUUCGUUCCCAAAUUUGAGGCUGAACUUGCUCAGUUUUGCGAGAAACUGGUAAUGGACUUGGAUAGACGUGUUAGGCGUGGACGAGAGCGUCUUUCCCAAGAGGUCGAACCGGCACCCCCAUCUCCAUUGUCAGCUGAGAAGGCAGAGCAGUUAUCUGUGCUGGAGGAAAAAAUAAAGAACUUACUGGAACAGGUGGAGGCCCUUGGUGAAGCUGGUAAAGUGGACGAAGCUGAAGCGCUGAUGAGAAAGGUGGAUUUACUUAAUUCUGAAAAAACUGCCUUAACUCAACAAACCCAAAACGAUAAGGUAUUGAUGCUUGCUCAAGAGAAAAAAAUGGCCCUCUGUGAGAUAUGCGGUUCUUUUCUUGUAGCAAAUGAUGCUGCAGAGAGAGUUCAGUCUCAUGUCACUGGUAAGCAACACGUUGGUUAUGGUAUGGUCAGAAAUUUCAUCUCUGAGCACAAGGAAGCGAAGGAGAAAGAAAUGGCAGAAGAAAGAUUAGCUUGGGAGAAAGAGGCAGAAGAACGGAGGAAGCAGAGAGAGGAGUAUGAGAGAAGAAAGAGAAGUAACUCUAGUGAGAAGGACCGAUAUCGUGACAGAGAGCAAGACAGGGAUCGAGAUAGGUAUCGUGAACGAAACCGAGAUCGUGAAAGGUCUAGAAGAGGUGGCCGUGAUGAAGUAAGAGGAAUGGAUUGGAGGUCUAGGAAUGGAAGAGAUGGAGGCAGGGAUAGGUUUCGUGGCCGGAGCAGGUCAAGAUCCCCUGCAAGGCAUGGUCACAGGAGAUCAUCCAGAAGUCCAGUGCGAUCAUAACUAUGAAAUGUGUUGGGAGAUGUCUGAGCUUUGGGAUUCAAUGAGCUGUGUUGAGUGUAUCAUCUCCCUUUCAUCAUUAUUAUUAGAGGAGAAAAGUGUUGAGGUAGGUAUUUUUUUUAAUUGUUAUGACUCUUCUUCAAGUAUGGUUUAGACUUUUGACUUGCACAUUUCCUUCAUAAUUGAUUCUUAUAAAUGACUGUUCAAUGUCUCUCCUUCAUUUUCAUAUUGGGUGAGCAAGUGUUACUUCGGUGUUUGCCAUGUGUUUAAUAGGCCAGGAACGAAAUAUAUGCAUAUUUGUCGCUACUGCUGAAAGGACUGACGUUUAUAUUCUCAUUUUUGAGGUAACAUAUAAAUAUCAUCUCUUUCUUAAGACCACGUUAUCAACAUUUCAUGUUAUCAACCCUGCAUCCAAGGCGUAUUUUGGUCUUCAAAUGAUGUAUUACUAGGGAGUGUGUUUCUAUGUUGCCCAUGUUUUUUAAAUAAGGGUUAUGUUGAUCUAGCCUAAGGAAGUAUUUAUUCAGUAGCUCCAUCUCAUAGAAAGCAUUCUUCUAGGUUUUUUCAUAGAGCUGAGUUUUGAAGUCUUUCUAUUAUCUGGUGUUGAGUAUAGAAUCUAAGGAAACGUGGGAGUAUUAGCAUCAUGGUGGGACAUGCCUUGUUCUUUUUUAGCAGAUUGGAAGUUCUGAUUACAUAAAUGGAGCUUGACAAUACCUACUAAAAGGAGGUAUAACUUUUAUCGAGUACAGGGGGCUUUCCGUAUCGAAAUUCUGGUUUCAUGGAAGAAGUGUGCAACUCUUUGGUGCUUGGAGGUAAUUUGACUGCUAAUCUGUAAAAUAGCAUGAUCUUUAAUCCAUACAGUUUGCAGGAAAUGUAUUGGGCGAAUUUUUCGGUAGCAUACACGUGGAACAAACCUACUCGGUAAGGAAUGAUCCCGUGCAGGGAAUUUAUUUUGCAAAGUAGUUGGUAUUUUCUGAACCAUUUGAAUGCUCCAAAUAUGAUUUUUGUUGAACCAUUUGAAAUUGCUCCCAUUUUUGAAGUUGAUCCCUUGAUUAUUAUUAGGAAUCUGAGAGAUUGUUGUAGUUCACAAUUGUUCUCUAUUUUAGUCUUCGACUUAGGUAGGAAGGCCAGUAGGCUGAUCUUUGUUGUUCUUAAAUUUAGAUUGAGAGGUGACUAUAUAAAACAAAGGCAAGGCAAAGCUUUGGAAUUAGUUUUGAUCUGAACUGAUGAGAAAUGCUGACUUGAAAUUGUGAGUGAAUAUCAUUCCUUCUCGUGGCUUCCCUACUCUCUUUUCAUUCUUUCACAAAUUUCCUUGAUUGAGCUAAGCCCUAUCUUCGAACAUAAAUGGACUUUGGCCUCUUGUUAUGCUCUGUUUCGUUCACAUAUAUUCAUACGCCGUAGAUAGACCAAGAAUUCAUUCAGCAUACUUUAUUCUCGUUCACAUGCCUUAUCUUUUGAUUGAGCCACUGAGAAGGGAGAUGUACUUGUUGAUAUAUGUAAUAAUAGUCUUUUAAGCUUUUUUUAGCAUUCUAUUUUCAAGAAGGCUCUCGUUCGGAUUUACUCUCAGUUCAUUGAUGUACUCCUUUAUUCGUGUGUCACAAAAACAUAAUGAAUGUGAAAAUUCAAGA